UCUGCCUUCAGAGUCUUAGAAAUAGGAGGAGGGAAUAAGAAACUGACUGAAUUAAUUGUCACAUUAAAUAUUUUCUUCAGGCUGUGAAUAAAAAAGCUACUUUGUGGGAGGAGGAUAGCAUGCUGGAAAUAAAAUUAGUUUUGGUGACAGCUUUUAAAAGCACAACUGCCAGAACGCCCCUUACAGCGCAGCUACUGCCUAUGCCGGCUGUAGGGUUCUAUAGAGUUAUAAUUUUAAAAGUAACUUUUCUAAGAUUUGUUUUGUGCUGUGAAGUCACCUUUUCCAUACUGUUGCUCUUGAGAUGUUGCCCUUUGACUCCAGGCAUCCCUUCUGUGAUGUCAAGUCAGAACUGGCUUAUAGUGAACCUAAUCAGGCUUUCAAGAAAUUGUUCCCUCUAAAUGCCAAAUGCUAUUGUGUGUGGAUUUUUCUACCUACCUCCAGUUUUGACAUUUUCUGCAAAUAUGGUCUGAUUGGACUCUGGGAAGUAGUUUCCCAAGUGCAAGGCAUCCAUGAUUUUCAAAGAUUGCCGACGGCUGCUACAAGUAUGUGGUGGGGACAUCAUCAGAAAAGACUUAAAGCAGAAGAGUCAAAGCAGCUGUUCACUUUGGAGGUGCUGUCACAGGUUGAUUUCUGGAAAACCUUUGGAUCCAGAGAUGAGGGCUUUUCUGGAGGAGAACACUGAAGUCGUCAACAGUGGGAACCUGACACCAGAAAUAAGGCUACGACUCCUGACUCCUCACUGCAGAUUUUGGCAUGACAAAACCACCCUGUGGCCAUAUGGAGACCCUUACUGGGCAAUCUACUGGCCAGGAGGCCAAGGGCUAGCAAGGUACCUUCUUGAUAACCCAAAGGUGGUCCACAGGAAGAGCAUUCUAGACCUUGGCAGCGGCUGUGGAGCAACCGCCAUUGCAGCCAUGAUGAGUGGUGCAUCACAGGUUGUGGCCAAUGACAUCGAUCCAGUUGCAGGAGCUGCCAUGAUGCUGAACUGUGAACUGAACAAUGUGAACCCUUUUCCGGUUAUUACAGAGAACCUGAUUGGCACAAAGCUGGAAGGGUGGGAUCUUAUUGUCCUUGGAGACAUGUUUUACAGUGAAGACCUUGCAGACAGCCUUCACCAGUGGCUGAAAAAGCACACCAUAAUCUCUGGGACCAAAGUACUGAUUGGGGACCCAGGCAGGCCUCACUUUGUGACCCACCAAAUUCAGAGGGAGUUACACAAAGUCAGCGAGUAUUGCCUACCCGAAGCAACAAGGCAGGAAAACUAUGGCUCAGCAACUACUGCUGUCUGGCACUACCAACCUUGACUUUCAAGUGGACACCAUGCUCAGAAUCUCCUAAAACAUCUGUUCUGGCAGUGCAACUUCCAUCGGACAAUGAAUAACACUUCAUAGUGCUUCACUGUCUCAUUGCAGACUUGCAGGUGCUGAAGGCACAGCUCUGUAAAGUGGGAAACAAUAACAACAAUUACAAUUUUUGAAAAACACUUUGCUUCCUAUUGCAUUCCUUAAGUCCAUGGAAAUAAAAUGUGUUUCCCACAUUGUAA